AUGUGGCAAGAACAAGCAGCCAGACAACAGCGUCGUCGUGAAGAAGCUGAACGGGACAACGUCUGUCUUCGACUCGCACUCGAGCGACAACAGAAGGCCCAGAGGCUGGAAAAUUUGAUAAAGAAGCGAUCAAAUCAACUGACGAAUGAAUGCACGUUUCUGAUGACUAUGUGCUGCUUGCGAAGCAGCAAUGUUGACGUACUGGACUUCUGUGGCGAUAUACAAGAUUUUCGAGGUCUUUUCAAGCGUGUUGAAGAUGACUAUAGGGACGUAAAUGUCGUGAUUCAGGCUAAUGGUCUGGCCAGGUCAACCAUCUCCCCAAAUGACGUGCAUAUGCGCGAAGGGGUUGAUGGCAAGCUCCUCGAGUUCUCGUUUUACAAGCUUCUGCCCUAUGUACAAGCCGCCGCAGAGUCUGUGUGGCAGCAUAUCAAAGGAGUGGAGAAGCAUUUGGGCGUCGGUAGCAUCUACAGCAAGACAGCAAAGAAUCUCGACGAGCCGUACACUGUUAUUAAAGACUUCUCGAUAGAAAUCUACUCCAACAGCUCUCGCGCAAACUACAAGACGAAGCCAGUGGUUGGACGUUAUGUGGAAGAUGACCGAGACAUCGUGAUAUGGGUAUUGCACGCCACGUCCGUGGAGGUUAAGCACAAGCUGCUCACCUUCGACUGCCGGGCAAGAGUUUAUCCAGCUUCAGCUGUGCUCUAG